AUGGUUACAUUUCUUGUGCCUAAGGACAGAGCAUUAAAAUGGCUCUGAAGUCCGGCAUGAAGGCGUCGACACGCCAGGCGCUAAAGCGCCAGGUGCAGUCUCCUGUUUGCUCGGCCGUGAAGGCCGUUCCUGCUCCGGUGAUGGCUCUCACACAGCAGGCUGCGUUUAAGGCUGGCUGCCGGCGGUCGGCCACCACCCGCAUCGGUCUGAGGCGUGCUGCUCGUAUGGCUUGUAAUGCCUUAGCAGCCGUGGCACCGGCCCCGACAUACGACACACGCCGUGAGUGGCCGCUGGACAAGUACCGCAACAUUGGUAUCAUGGCCCAUAUCGAUGCGGGCAAGACCACUACCACCGAACGUAUCCUGUACUACACUGGCAAAUCGUACAAGAUCGGUGAGGUGCACGAGGGCACGGCUACCAUGGACUGGAUGGUUCAGGAACAGGAGCGCGGUAUCACCAUCACCGCCGCCGCCACCACCUGCAUGUGGAAGAACCACCGCAUCAACAUUAUCGACACCCCGGGUCACGUGGACUUCACCCUGGAGGUGGAGCGUGCCCUGCGUGUGCUGGACGGCGCUGUGGCGGUGUUCGACGCCGUGUCCGGCGUGGAGCCCCAGUCCGAGACCGUGUGGCGCCAGGCGGAUAAGUACAAGGUUCCCCGUAUUUGCUUCGUCAACAAGAUGGACCGCCUGGGUGCUGACUUCUACAACUGCGUCAAGAUGGUGGUCUCCAACCUGGGCGCCAAGCCGCUCGUCAUCCAGCUGCCCAUUGGUUCUGAGGACCAGUUCAAGGGUAUCAUUGACCUUGUGAAGAUGAAGGCCAUUGUGUGGACCGGCGAGGAGCUGGGGGCCAAGUUUGAGGAGCUGCCCAUUCCCGAGGACAUGGCGGACAAGGCCCAGGAGUAUCGCGAGAAGCUUAUCGACAUGAUCGUGGAGCAGGACGACGAGGUGCUGGAGAAGUACUUCGAGGGGGAGAUGCCCGACGAGGCCACCAUCGAGCGCCUGAUCCGCAAGGGCACCAUCGCCCAAUCCUUUGUGCCCAUUGUGUGCGGCACGGCGUUCAAGAACAAGGGUGUGCAGCCGCUGCUGGAUUCGGUCAUCAAGUACCUGCCCAGCCCGCUCGACAUUGACGCCGUUCAGGGUGUGGACAUGCACGACGCGGAGGUUGCGAUGAUCCGCAACGCCGACGACGCGGCGCCAUUCUCGGGCCUGUGCUUCAAGAUUAUGACCGAUCCUUUCGUCGGCUCGCUCACCUUCUGCCGCAUCUACUCUGGCGUGUUGGAGGCCGGCUCGUACGCGCUCAACUCGAACAAGAACAAGAAGGAACGCAUUGGACGCCUGAUGAUGAUGCACGCCAACAACCGCGAGGACAUCAAGGUCGCUUUCGCGGGCGACAUUGUGGCCAUUGGUGGCCUGAAGGACGUCAUUACCGGUGAGACUCUGUGCGAUGAUAAGGCGCCCGUCAUCCUGGAGAAGAUGGACUUCCCAGACCCGGUCAUCAAGAUUGCAAUCGAGCCCAAGUCCAAGGCCGACCUGGAGAAGAUGGGUGUCGGCCUGAACAAGCUGGCUCAGGAGGACCCCUCGUUUAACUUCUCUCGCGACGAGGAGACUAACCAGACGGUGAUCGAGGGCAUGGGCGAGCUGCAUCUGGAGAUCAUCGUGGACCGCCUGCGCCGUGAGUUCAAGGUGGAGUGCGAGGUGGGCGCUCCGCAGGUCAACUACCGUGAGGGCAUCAGCCGCUCGAACGAGGUGCGCUACGUGCACAAGAAGCAGUCCGGCGGCUCAGGCCAGUUUGCAGAUGUUGCCAUCCGUUUCGAGCCCGGUGAGCCCGGUACCGGCUUCGUGUUCAAGUCGGAGAUCAAGGGUGGCUCAGUACCCAAGGAGUACGUGCCCGGUGUCGUCAAGGGCCUGGAGGAGUGCAUGAGCAGCGGCUCCUUGGCUGGUUUCCCUGUGGUGGACGUCACCUGCACGCUGUACGAUGGGUCGUACCACGAGGUCGACUCGAACGCCCUGGCGUUCCAGAUUGCUGCCCGCGGUGCCUUCCGCGAGGCCAUGGGCAAGUGUGGCGCCCGCCUCCUGGAGCCCAUUAUGCGUGUCGAGGUGAUCACUCCCGAGGACCACAUGGGUGACGUGAUUGGCGACCUCAACAGCCGCCGUGGCAUCAUCAACAAGUUCGAGGACAAGCCUGGUGGCAUGAAGCUGGUGCAGGCAUACGUGCCGCUGAGCGAGAUGUUCCAGUACGUGUCGGUGCUGCGUGGCAUGACCAAGGGACGCGCCCAGUACACGAUGCAGCUGGAGCGGUACGAGGUGGUGCCGCCCAACAUUCAGUCGGAGAUCGUGGCCAAGUCCAAGGCCACCGUGGCAUAAACUUUUGGUGCCAACAUCUGAGACCUGAUGUUAUGCUGUGUACGGAGGGCAAGGUACUUGCCAAGGCUCUGCAUGGCUUGGUGGAUUUACCUAGACUGUUUUGACAUUAUGCGCAGGGCUUUACUCGAGGGAAGGGCGGUGUAUUUGUCACAUAUAAUGUGGUUUUGUGGUGGUAGCGGUGACAGGGAACGCUGGUUGUGGUGAUUCUGGCACGUUGCCGGCACAGGGCUGGUUCAAUUACUUUCAGCAUCUUGAAUGGAAGGAACGCAUGUGUAGUUAAUGUGUGGCGGUGGAGUGGGAGACGUUGAUCGUGAGGUAGUGACCGAGUCCCCAGUGGCAAAACCGUAUGUUCGAGUUCCAGGUUGGGGACGCGACAUUCACAACGGUCGGGUUGGUUAGCUAGUGGACAUAACGGUGAGUUAACACGCGUCCGUUUGCAGCGCGUCGGUGCGUGACGAAUUGUCUGCCUAGCAUGCAGCCUCAGUUUUGGUGAGCAUUGGAGAGGUGAGCAAUGUGGGUGAAGGAAACGGAGGGAUGUGUGACUCUAUACUGGCGAAAUAGGCUAAGCUGAUUGUAAUUGUUGGGCCUGCGACGGUCCAACUCUUAUGUUCAAUUAUUCCAUUAAGAUGAAUUCAGG